CUGGUCUCUUGCUGUGAGUUCUCUUUGGCGUCCUCCAUCCCAGAGCCCAACACCAGCAGCCUCGCCUUGCGGACCCAGGAUCAUUGCGUCGCCAUGUUCUUCUCCAAGUCACAGCUCAUCUUCAAGAGACAGUUCUCGGCAUCGGCUCUCUUCAGAAACAAUGCCGCCACGCUGAACCCCGCGCCCCAGACCCAGGUCCACGAGUACGGAAAGUUUAUCUCCAACUCCCUGCCCAAGUUCAUCCAACAGUUCUCGGUCUACAAGGAUGAGCUCACUCUCCACGUCGCACCCAGCGCCGUCGUCCCCGUCAUGACCUUCUUGCGAGACCACACCGCCUGUCAGUUCAAGCAGGUUGUCGACGUCUGCGGCGCCGACUACCCGACACGCGCCAACCGCUUCGAGGUUGUCUACCACCUGCUCUCGGUCCGCUACAAUACCCGCAUCCGCGUCAAGACUUAUGCCUCGGAAGUGAGCCCCGUACCCUCGAUCACCCCACUCUUCUCUGGAGCCAACUGGUUCGAGCGCGAGGCCUGGGACAUGUACGGCAUCUUCUUCACCGGCCACCCCGAUCUGCGCCGCAUCCUGACCGACUAUGGAUUCGAGGGCUACCCCUUAAGGAAGGACUUUCCCCUCACGGGCUAUGUCGAAGUGCGCUACGACGACGAGAAGAAACGAGUUGUUGCCGAACCACUCGAGCUGGCCCAGAGCUACCGAUACUUUGACGUGCAAUCCCCCUGGGAGCAAACCGGCGGCGGCAAGGAGAUCCCCAAGCUCAUCAAGUCCGAGGCUGCUCCCGCCGAGGAGAAGAAGGCGUGAGGAUCGACCGACUGUUACCACGCGCCAGUUUCAGCGGCAUCGCUUUCUGCCACGACGGCCUGCCGCCAUGCCAAACGCAUCCCACUAUUUUUUUAUUCUCCCUCUGCGGACGACACAAUAAACGCACUCGCGGGUCUACCAGAAAGCCCAC